AUGUCGACCUUCAACGGCCUCGUGGCCGAGUUCCCAGACAUCAGAGUCGACUACUUCCGCCCGCAUCCCGAGCUUCGGCCCCCCCUGGCCUGUUUCUUGAGCCACAUCCACAGCGACCAUCUCGCGGGCCUGGAGAGCCUUCGGUCGCCAUUACUUCGGUACCCUUGCCGGAUCAACUAUGCCAACGGCAUCUUGGAAGCGCGUAUCCAGAGAUACCGCCACCUCAGGAAUUUGCUUAAACCGAUUCCCCUGGACACUCCCACUCUCCUUGAACUCGAGCCAGGAAACCACAUCCAAGUCACCCUCUUAGACGCCAACCACUGCCCCGGUGCUGUCAUGUUCUUGUUUGAAGGGAACGGCAAAGCCGUGCUCUACACCGGCGAUGUCAGGAGCGAGCCGUGGUUUGUCAAUUCCCUUGCCAGAUCGCCGUCUCUAAUUGAGUAUUCAUCGGGCCUCAAGACUCUUGACACCAUUUAUCUCGACACUUCCUUCUUGGACAACAUUGAAUUUCCAACAAAAGCCGAGGGUAUCGUUGAGUUGCUGCAAAAGGUCUCGAGAUACCCGGCCGACACUAUCUUCCACUUUCAAGCUUGGACAUAUGGCUACGAGGACGUCUGGAUUGCUCUCUCGAAAUUCCUGCAGUCUAAGAUCCAUGUAGACGAGUACAAGAUGUCGAUGUUCCGCUCCCUUGUGGUCACGAACCCUGAGAACAAGUUUGCUCCUUCGUCACACCUUGCCCCUGAAGCCCCUGGAUUGGUGGGCUUCAUGUGCGGCAACAACUAUCACGCGGGUGCCUUGACCACGGACGAAAAUGUACGACUGCAUAGCUGCGAGAAAGGGAACUACUGCAACACUGUGAAGGGCUCGCAGGUUGUAUGGAUCCGCCCGAUCAUCACUCGCCUCCCCAACGGUCAGGAUGUCGCCGAGGUUGGGGUCGGCGGGGGAGGCGAUGACCUGGAGAGGGACGCUGAACUGGACUAUCUCUCACUGGAGGAUGUCGAGUUGCUCAUCGAAGCGCUCUGUGAUACCGACAACGUCCCUGAUGACCUCAGAGAUCAAGUCCGCCACUUCCUGCUCAGUACCAUCGCAAACGGUCGGAGAGUCCCACUUGAGUUGGAACGGGUCGCAUUCGGUGACAGCAACAAGGCGGACCUCUCCACCGGCUUAAAGGCAAUAAGCAGCAAGCUCAAAAGGGGCGGUAAACAGCUUCCAGCGAAUCAGUCCGAAAGGGAGGCCCUUCCAAAUGUGAUCACCUUCCCGUAUUCUCGCCAUUCGUCCUAUCCAGAACUUUGUCAUUUGGUUAGAACCUUGAGACCUAAAGACGUGUGGCCGUGCACUGUCGAUGUCAGCACAUGGUUGCGUGAAGGUAUUACGGUCGAACGCCUGUUUUUGAAGCAUUGCUCUGGAAGUGAAUUUCGCCACGACCAACUCAUGAGAGAGCUAGGCAGCAAGGUGGACAGCCAGGUUACCGUCUCCUCCGCGAGCAAUGUCCACCAACUCUCGCAGGCCUCCGAUGGCGAGCCUGUUGUGGCGUAUCAAAGUCAGCUUUUAGCUUCUGCAGUGGAAGACCACCCUUCAGGGUCUUGCAAUAGCACCACUGGGGUCGAGUCUUCUGCAAUCACACCCGAAUUACUCGAAAUUCGAGGUGAGGGCCAUGGAGUAUCCGAACCCGCUGGCGAUUCAGCCGGUCUCGAAGGCCUCGUUCCCGCAAGCCUCGUGGAUUCGCAAGAGUCGACCGUUUCAGAGUUGGCUCUCGAGACUCGCUUCCAGGCAUUCAAGGCAACUCUAGGGGCUGCAAACAGGGGAGCUGUGGCGGCGGUUGCCUUGUUAUCGACGACCGACAAUCACUCGGAACUAGAGCACGAGCUCAACUACCAGGACACGCUGCGCUGA